UACCCCAAACCCCCCAAAAAAACUCCCCUGGGUUCAUCAGAAGAUAGAUAGCCAUGGCAGUUUUCUUGAAAACCCAUUUUUUGUUCAUUGUAUUGAUGUUUUCUUGUUUGUUCCCAAUUAGUGGGUCAAAGUCACUAUUUCAUAUUCGAGAUGUUUUGCCAAUGUUACCUGUACAAGUGUCAUGGCCCAUUGUCAACUCCCUCUACAGUGCUGUUGACCUAUUGCCCUCUUUUGUUGGGGCUCUUUCAAUUGCUAAUAAUAAUACCCUUCAAUGGAAAGGUGCUUGCUUUUACAACAAUACUGCUUCCUUGCAACUUCACAACAAAACUGGGAGUCGAUUUGGCGGUGGCACUAUCGAUAUCAAGGUCAACAAUGCACACAGUUAUACUUGUCUGGACCUUUACAUCUUUGCAACCCCAUAUCGUGUGACAUGGGAUUACUACGCUUUAUCUCGUGAACAUACUCUUCAGAUCAAAGAGUGGGAGUCUCUAGCUGAGUUAGAAUACGUGAAACGUAAAGGAGUCUCAAUUUUCCUUAUGCAAGCAGGAAUGUUAGGAACCCUUAGAGCACUAUGGGAUGUUUUCCCUUUGUUCACAAACACUCGAUGGGGUGAAAACUCAAAUAUCAGAUUUCUGAAGAAACACAUGGGUGCUUCAUUUGACCAACGUCGUCAACCAUGGGUCGCCAACCUUACCACUGAAGACAUACAUUCUGGAGAUUUUCUUGCAAUAUCAAAAAUUAGAGGGCGUUGGGGUGGUUUUGAGACGUUAGAAAAAUGGGUAUCUGGAACUUAUGCUGGCCAUAGUGCUGUUUGCUUGAGGGAUGCUGAAGGAAAACUGUGGGUUGGAGAAUCUGGACAUGAGAAUGAUAAGGGAGAAGAUAUAAUUGCUAUUUUACCCUGGGAGGAAUGGUGGGAGUUUGAGCUGACAAAAGAUGAUUCCAAUCCACAUAUUGCAUUGCUGCCGUUGCACCCUGAUCUCCGUUCCAAGUUUAAUCAGACUGCUGCUUGGGAAUAUGCACGAAGCAUGGGAGGCAAACCAUAUGGUUUCCAUAACCUAAUAUUUAGUUGGAUAGAUACAAUUGACGGAAAUUAUCCCUCUCCCUUGGAUGCUCAUCUGGUUGCUUCUGUCAUGACUGUUUGGAAUCACUUACAGCCUGCAUAUGCAGCUAACAUGUGGAAUGAAGCCUUAAACAAGCGACUUGGAACGCAGGGCCUUGAUCUUCCUGAUGUUCUUGUUGAAGUCGAAAAGCGUGGGUCAUCUUUUGCCAAAUUGUUGACUAUACCAGAACAGGAUGACUGGGUUUAUAGUGAUGGGAAAUCAACAUCUUGUAUUGCUUUUGUUCUUGAAAUGUACAAGGAAGCAGGACUAUUUGGUCCACUUGCAAGUUUGAUUCAGGUUACAGAAUUCACGAUAAAAGAUGCUUACUCACUCAAGUUCUUUGAAAGCAAUACAAAUCGGUUGCCUAAGUGGUGCAAUGCAGAUGACACUGUGAAGCUUCCUUUCUGUCAAAUUCUAGGGAAGUACCGGAUGGAAUUGCCUGGAUACAAUACAAUGGAUAUAUACGCCCAUAUGAAUGAAAAGUGCCCAUCUAUGCCUCCAAAAUAUUACAGGCCACAAAGUUGUUGACAAGGAUUUUUAUGGCCAUCUAUCUUGCUGUAGUUUAAGGUAUUGCAUGUACAAGGAUGGUUGUUUCAAUGCUUUACAUUCCAGCAGGUUAGUGUGACAAUUGAGUUAGAUUCAUACCAAAAGAGGUAGGGAAAAAGAAAGAAUCCUAAUGAACUUGUAUGUCAAAGCAGACAGAUAAUUGAAGUGUAAAUAACAUUAUAGUACUAGUUUUGUUGAUUUAAUCUGUCUGCAAAACUUUAUUGAUCCUCAAACAAUCUUUUUCUGUUGGAUGUAGCCGCUUUUCUGAUGUAAUUAUGCAGUCUUUUUUGCUCAAGCAGUGAAUACAAGUUUGCUCAUUCACAAUUUCUAUCA